AUGAUGGGUAGGGGUCGCGAUGGAGGUUGCGGCUCUGGCGAGAGGCAUUGCCGACCUAAUUGUAGGGUUACUGCUACCAACGCUGUGGCCGCUGCUGCUGAGCCUGAGGUUCCCGCCACAAUGGAGAAGAAGGCAGUUCAGUCGCUGGACGUCGAUUUCUUCUCCCAGGCAAGUAAAGCGUUGUGCGAGAGGUCGCCGUUUGAUGUUCCCGAAGAGGUCCCGGGUUCAGUUAGCUCGACUUCGACUACUUUGCCUAGCGGAUUGGCCAGCUUGCUGAGGCAUUCCGAGAGCAGAAAGAGAAACAAGAAGUCGCAUCAUGGUGGUAGUAAGAAGUCGUCCCGGGCAGGUGAGCGUUCCAAAGGAGGGAACAUUUGGGUUGAGUCUGAGGAUUACUUUAGGGAUUUGGUAUUGGCAGAUGUUGAUGCUUUGGUUGAGCUGUGUUCUCCUCUUAGGUCCUUAGCUGCUAGAAGUUGUUUUUCACUUCCAGACAUUGGAAACGGGGAAAAGGAGAUAAGUGAGUCCCGGUUUAAUCAGGACAAUCCUGAUAAUGACAUGAAUGCAUGUGUGGAGAACCGAACUGGUAUGGUGUCAGAAAGCGAGUCGCAACAAGAAGCGCAGCAGCAUAUGGAAAUUGACAGGGCGGCAGUUCAAACUGAUGGUUCAGAGAUUUUGCCACCAGCAGACAGUGGCAGCAGCGUCUCCCCUUCAUAUUAUUCCGGUAGUUUAGGUUGGGUUUUGGGCUGUAGGAACAGAAACUUGUUGACUACAGAACGUCCUUCCAAGAAGCGGAAGCUUUUAGGUGCUGAUGUUGGGUUGGACAAGCUGUUGGUUGGUUCACCGUGUCAAGGCAGCUCAUCAAUAUGUGAUUUCUGCUGCAAGGGCGACUUAUUGAAUGAUUUGAACAAAUUAAUUGUUUGCUCCUCUUGCCAUAUUUCCGUGCAUAGCAAAUGUUAUGGUGUGCAAGGUGAUGAAGGUGACCCUUGGUUAUGUACUAGAUGUAAGCUGAACAUUGAUAAAGAGAUGGAGAAGCAACCAUGCGUCCUUUGUCCGAAGCAGGGCGGUGCCUCUAAACCAGUUGCUGACAAGAAUUGCAGUUCCGAAGCAGAGUUUGUGCAUUUGUUUUGUUCUAUUUGGAUGCCAGAGGUCUAUGUGGAGGACCUGACCAAGAUGGAGCCCAUUAUGAAUGUUUCUGGUAUCAAGGAGACACAUAAGAAAUUAGUCUGUAAUGUGUGCAAGGUGAAACGUGGUGCAUGUGUUCGGUGCAGCCAUGGAGCUUGUAGACUUGCUUUCCAUCCUAUAUGUGCGAGGGAGGCAAGACAUAGAAUAGAGGUUUGGGGAAAGUAUGGACAUGAUAGUGUUGAACUGCGUGUCUUUUGCUCCAAGCACUCUGGGCUUCUUGAUGGCAAAGAAAAGUUUCAAGCCGCUGAAGCUUCUUUGACUGCAAAAAGUGUCUCUGUUGCUGACUGUAGUUUGGUCAUGCAGUCCCCAGAUAAGCAUCGGGAGAUCGUUGAAAAUGGAGAACUUGUAUCAGACGGGGAUGCAUUCCAGAGGAGUGAUAUGUCCAUGUCUGAGAGAUCAGACAUUGAGGAACCUAGCUCGUCAGGCUCCUUAAAUCUCUCAGACAUUGAGGAACCUAGCUCGUCAGGCUCCUUAAAUCUUGCCCUUGUGAUGAAGAAGUUAAUUCAACGUGGAAAAAUCAACGUGAAAGAUGUGGCAGCAGAACUGGGCGUCUCGCCUGAUUCCCUAACUGCAAUACUUGCGGAAGACAUAUUAGUCCCUGAAGUCCAGUGCAAAAUAGUCAAAUGGCUUAGUAGUCAUGCUUGCAUGGGUGCUUCACUAAAGAAUUCAAAAGUUAAACUCAAGUCUGCAAUGGUACCCAUGUCUGAGGAGACUUCCAAUUUUUCUGAUGUCGUGGCAGAGCAAUCUGACAUGGCAGGUACUGUAGCUAUAAAGUCAGUUCCUCCACGGAGAAGAACCAAAAACAACAUUAAGUUUCGCAAGAAUGAUGAAACGAGCAGCUUAUCCAAGGACACACUGGCUGAAAAUGGCAUGGGAAGUGAGUUAAGAGUAGAACAGCUCGCCACUGAAGAUCCAGAAGAUGCAAACAAAGCAUCUACUUCCAGUAGAUUGUUAAAUGAUGGUGCCACUGAUUUGCAAGCACCAGGUUCACCUAAAAAUGAAGGCAGUAUGAGCGAUUUGUCUGAGUGCUCUUCUUUCAAAAAGGUCGAGUCAACAGAAGCAGAUGCUUCUGGAACUGCACAAAAGCUGAAGGGAAUUGUCUUGGAGUCUGAUGUUGAUGCACUUCUCCUUGAUCUGAUUAAAAUGGAUGCAUCUUCCGGCGCUUGUAUUCAUCCUAGUAUCCUAGAGCUAAUAAAAAUGCACAAAAGAAUGCCUUUCGACAGUGGAACUAGUGAGUGUGAAGGAGUCAAGGAGCUAGAAAUAUCCGGUUUGGAGGCUUCUUCAAAUGCAAAUGCUUGCUGUAAUCACAAGAGCACAAAUUCGGAGUGGAAUGCAAUUGUUUGUGAUGCCAAUGGAGACAGUUCUGGUCAGCUACUUAAGGCUGCUGAGUUGGGAGUUUUUCCACUGUCUCCAGCAGAUGAAGUUGAAGGAGAAAUAAUUUAUUUUCAGCAUAAGUUGCUCAGCAGUGCAGUUCAGAGAAAACACAUGACUGGAACUCUUGUUAAAAAUCUAUCUAAGAGCCUACCGAAGGAGAUUGAUGCUUCAAGGAAGCAAAUAUGGGACUCAGUCCUUGUUAAUCAGUACAUUCGCGAACUCAGGGAAGCAAAGAAACAGGGAAGGAAGGAGAAGAGGCACAAAGAAGCUCAAGCUUAUCUUGCUGCUGCAACUGCUGCUGCUGCUGCUUCAUCCAGAACUUCAUUCCUUAGGAAAGUUGCUUUUGAUGAGUGCACAGUUAAUGAGAAGCUCAAUAUUUCCAAUGGGACGCCUGGCCUUUCAUCUCAGUCGAUUACCCGUCCUAAAGGAAAACUAUCAAGGGUGACACUUCCAAGGAUAUCAUCUGACAAGUAUUCUGAUUUUGUUCAGUCAGUUCCUGAAGUUUCCAAAGAGCAUCCUAGAUCAUGUGAUAUUUGCAGGCGGCCCGAGACUAUAAUGAACCCUAUCUUAGUGUGUUCCAGUUGUAAGGUUGCAGUUCAUCUGGAUUGUUAUUGCAAUGACAAAGAAUCUCCAGGUCCAUGGCACUGUGAAUUAUGUGAAGACUUGUUAUCUGCCCGGCAGUCUGGAGGUCAUUCUUUAAACUUCUGGGAAAAGCCUUAUUUUGUUGCUGAAUGCGGUUUAUGUGGCGGUGCAACUGGUGCUUUCCGCAAAUGCAUCAAUGGGCAGUGGGUCCAUGCCUUCUGUGCAGAGUGGUUGCUUCAGUCAGUGUACAGAAGGGGUCAAGUAAAUCCUGUUGAAGGAAUGGAAGAUCUCCUAAAGGGAACUGAUCUCUGCUGUGUGUGCCGUCGUAAACAUGGUGCUUGUUUACGGUGUAGCUAUGGGCAUUGUCAGACUACAUUUCAUCCCUCUUGCGCUAAAAGUGCAGGGUUUUUUAUGAAUGUCAAGUUCCUGAGUGGCAAGUUUCAGUACAGGGCUUACUGUGAGCAGCAUAGUUUGGAGCAGAAGUUGAAGGCUGAAUCCCAGAAACAUGGUGUUGAUGAGUUAAAAAGCGUCAAACAAAUCAGGGUUGAGUUGGAGAGGUUGCGCCUUCUGUGUGAAAGAAUUAUCAAACGUGAGAAGUUAAAGCGGGACUUGGUGAUCUGCUCUCAUAGCAUACUUGCCUCCAAAAGGGACCACACGGCUCAUUCUGCUCUUGUCCAAAACCCUUUUUUCCAUCCUGAUGCUAGUUCAGAGUCAGCAACCACAUCCCUCAAGGGAAACGUGACGGAUGGUUAUAGUGAUGCAGCAAUUCAGAGAUCGAACGAAAUCACAGCAGACAGUGCUGCCUCUACUGUCAAGAAACGGCUCAAGGUCACCAUGUCUACUGAUACCGAGCAGAGGACAGAUGACAACUGUUUGACUUACCAACCCCCACUCAACAACAGCAGACCAACACAGAGGCAGCAAUUUGCUGGGAAGCAAAUCCCUAAAAGAGCUUGUCCUCCUGCUUGUAAUCUAGUAGAGGAAGCAGACAGAUCGAGGAAGCGUGUAGAAACGUUGCAAAAGGAGUUAGUGAUGACUUCUGAUCAAGCAAGCAUGAGGAAUCAGCAGUUACCCAAAGGUUAUUUUUACAUUCCAGUAGAUUGCCUUCCAAGGGAGAAUCAAACGACGACGAAUGACCAGGAAUCAUCAUGUCCUGGUGAACCAUUGCCACCCGGAGAGAGCUAA